CCGAGAAUUGAGCUGCUGCGUUUCUUAGAACUGGAUUCACAGAACUGGAGAUGCUCAGAGUUUCGAGGAAACUUUCACAAGAUUUGGACAUGAUGGCCACGACUGCAAACGGCUGCAUUCAGUUCACGCGGCACGCGGGCGACGUCCUGCACAACUUCAACUGUCUCCGCAGCAGGAACAUCCUGACCGACGUCACCAUCCAGGUGGACAGACAACAUUUCUACGCCCACAGAGCCGUCCUGGUGGCCUGCAGUGGCUUCUUCUACUCAGUGUUCAUGGAGCCAAAGAAUGCGAAUCUUCACGCCAUCACCUUGGACCCGAAGCUUGACUCCAAGAGCUUCUCCAUCCUGCUGGACUUCAUGUACACGUCCUUCCUGACCCUGAAGGAGAGCAUGAUCGUCGGCAUCAUGAAGGCGGCCGUCUAUCUCCAGAUGGAUCAUGUCGCCGACACCUGUCACCGGUUCAUCAAAUCCAGGGAGACCUGUGUGAACAUGGAACCGCUGCAGUUGAGCGUGCUACAUGAGAAAACUCCCGAUUUAAAGGAGGCAGACUGCAUCCAGAAGCACGCGGCAUCCACGCGCCAGGAGAGUCAGACGUUCAAUGUUUUCAGAGGAAUCAAUACCACCGGUGCUUGCUACGUCUACAGUGACCUUGAGAUCUCCUCCUCCCCGAGGCUGGAGGACAGCAUGAGAAGAGCGCAGAACAUGUGCUCCCAGGUGCCCGACAGGCUCUACUCAGUGCCCAGUUUUCCCAACAACGGACAGUCAGGCCCUCACCAGAACCUUCAAGGUUCUGCUGCCCCGGUGGAGGAAGAAGCAGCUCAGCGUCCUCAGCCCAGCUGCCUGAGGUUCUCCCCAGGUUUCAACAAGGGUGUGAUCUGCAGCCCUCAGAGCCCCCUCAGGUCCGACUGCCAGCCCAACUCCCCGACGGAGUCCAGCAGCAGCAGAAACGCCUCCCUCAGCCUCAAGCGAUCGUCCGACUGCACCAAAGACAGCAAGGCCCGCAACUGGAAGAAGUACAAGUUCAUCAUCAUGAACCAAAGUCUUCACGACGAGGCCAAGGACGCUGGCGGAGAGAGUGAGGAGGUGUCGCGCAGCGCCGACGUCCAGGGCGAGGAUGCCAGCGUCCAGCAGAGGGAGGAGUCCUGCGUGUCCAGGGCCAGCAGCAGCAACGGCAGCAGCAGCAACGGCAGCAGCAGCGUCAGCCCCUGCCGCUGCUCCUCCUGUGGCUGCGACAGCCCCCGCUGCCUGGAGACCAACCCGCUCUCCCCUGAGGCCUACAGCCGAGACGCCGCCAACAAGAGGCACUUGGACUUCUCCACCUCCAGCUGUGGAACCAACUUCUUUUGCAACAGCUGUGACUCCAAAUUCCCAGACGAGGACUCCCUGAAGGAGCACAUGGUCCACGUGCACAGCGACAAGCCGUACAAGUGCGACUGCUGCCAGGCCGCGUUCCGCUACAAGGGCAACCUGGCCAGCCACAAGACGGUCCACACUGGCGCUAAACCGUAUCACUGCAACAUCUGCGGGGCCCAGUUCAACCGACCGGCCAACCUGAAGACCCACACCCGCAUCCACUCCGGGGAGAAGCCGUACAAGUGCGAGACCUGCGGCUCGCGCUUUGUCCAGGUGGCUCAUCUUCGUGCCCAUGUCCUAAUUCACACUGGAGAAAAGCCAUACCCAUGUGAGACCUGCGGGACGCACUUUCGCCACCUGCAGACCCUUAAGAGUCACAUGCGCAUUCACACCGGCGAGAAGCCUUAUCAUUGCGAAAAAUGCGACCUACACUUUCGACACAAGAGUCAGCUCAGGCUUCACCUCCGACAGAAGCACGGCGCCGUCACCAACACCAAGACGCAGUACCAGCGGGCCGCCAGUGAGGUCGCCACGGCGCCGGUUUGCUGAGCCUCUUCUGAAAAUGUACACAAAAAAUUAUAUUUUGCAAAUAUAUCCUUGUUUAAAAAAAGCUCAUUAUAUUAUAUAUAAGGUCUUUGCUAUUUCAAAGUUAUAGAGUUUAUACUUUUUUGUGAAAGUCUAACAACUGAAUGUACGUUUCAAUGUGACUGUAAGAUGCUUUAAAUAGCGUAAUUGUUCAUAAAAUAAUAUAUUCUCGGAGCGCCAUCUGCUGGCAGAGCAUGGGAUUCACGUAUUAACUGCUUACAGUGGGCUUCACUGAAUGUCAUUAAGGUUUUAUUUUUGCCAUGGUGCACUGUACAGAGCUGUCUAUAGUGUAUAUAUUUUCCAUAUUACAGAGGCUUUGGUUGGUCAUUUGCACAUAAAAGCUGAUCACUUUAAUGGUUUCAAAUAUUCCUGAAAGUAUCCCCAGCACUUUGUGACAGCUUUGGUGCUGCAACCCACCACAGAGACGGUAUUAACUUUUAUGAAUUUGUACAACCUGCUUUACAUAUAGUGCCUUAUAUUCACACUUGUCCACUUAAACUAAUGAUGUGCUACGAUGCUGACAAUGUGAAGCCACAUGUAGACACCAACUGCUUUUCUUUCUUUUUUUUUUUAAACGCGUCUUUGUUUUGAUAUGUUUAAAAAUGUGUCAAGAAUUAUGCAGAUUUUCAUCAUUAAGCUUUUUGAUCACCAGACCUCAAGCUGAAACGCUCAGGAAAGAUAGAAAUAUUUAAGCAGAUGUCUUUGUGAAUACAGAAUAUAUAUAUAUAUAUAUAUAUAUUAAAAAAAAUAAA